CUACACAUGUUCAAAGAGGGCACGCUGGCAUUCAAGACAAGUUCAUGCUCAUGUUUUCAAAAAAGGCAUGUCAACGGAAUAAUUUGGUGUAUACUCUUGUGAGGGCGUUACAUGGAGACUCUGUUGGUGUUAACCAGGCUUCCAUUAUUGCGCAAACUAGACUAAAACCACGUUUAAAUUUGGGAUUGUUGUGGCUGCGCCGCCCGACGUCUCAAUGGAUAAAGUUUAUGUGGAAGGCAUCUGAAUAUGAUAAGUUGCCACCAGAGCCGCAAACAUAUCUCGAUAAAAGGUUGUGGUCAAGAUUGGAGUUGUUUGAGGUUGGGCCUCCAGUUGAACCUCCAAGGCCUGCCUACCUGGGUUUGCAAUUUUGCAUUAUCAAAGGUGCCGUUAGGGCUUCAAGAGGCCGAGGUUGCUGCUCAUAUAGAAAUUCAAUCUUUGAACUCCCCGUUGUUGGGUAUUUAGCCCAGAGCGACAAGGAAAAUUCAGAACUCUAA